AUGAGUCGCAACAGCACUGGCGAAUGGAAAGAUCGCUUCACGGAGAGACAGUUGGAGCGAAAAAGGCAUGUUGAUCGCGUUGGUCAAAGAAGAACGCGAAACCAGUUGAAAAAGACAGUAGCCGACCUGACUGACAUGGUUGAGUUACUGACGCAAGCCCAAGGCAACGUCAUCAUUGAUCGCCUCAUGAAAGAGAAUGAUGAACUACGAAGCAAGCUAAACGAUUACAAAACCAAAAUGUUUUCAAUCCAACAGCUGAGCAGUGACUGUAUGGAUGAAGCUGAGGCAGCGGACAAAUUGGCCAGCGCCAAAAGUAGUCGCAGCUACAAGGACGAAGCUACAAUCGCCAUUACUCUUAAAGCACUAGAGGACUAUCUAAACGCGUUCUCCCAUAAACUUCCAUUUAUCACUAAUAUGAUUUUUUACCGCAUAGGAAGAUUGGAGUCAUCAACACUAGAAUCGGAUGCUCUUUCAGCAAGAGAGCUAAUAGACUCAAUCAUGUCGUGGAAACUCACUACACAGCAUGGAAUAGGCUUCGAGUUUCUUCUUUCCAGCCUGGGUCUUGACAGGGAGCCGUUGAUGCUAACCACAAAGCGAGUUAUGGAUGUCGUAAAACGCAAAGACUUUUAUGAGAUCAUUCUAGAAGAAUUGAAUGAAACGGGAGAGUACAUCUCUCCCUUCGCGCCGGACGCUGUCGACUACGAGUCUGUAUAUUGCUCUGAAAUGGAACGUCAACGACGUGCAAUUCUCUUAUGUGCAUACGAAAUCAUUAUCCGCUGGCGCACUCUCUUCGCCUCUCGUCUGGAGUGUCACGCACAAUUUUGGGGCCUAUACCGUCUCUUCAUACUUCUGACCUUCCCCAGUGAAGAGAAUCUGGACAAAACGCCCAUAUGGAUGCGACCAAGCAAAGCACAAUUGACGUUUAGUCAUCCCGGUUUUAUCGACCUUAUUAUGUGGCCUAACUUGCGAAGUUAUCUCCUUACAGGGUGGCAAUGCCACAAUAUACGAGCUUGUUGCGUCGCCUUCGUCCGUUGCUUGAAACUUUGCAGCAUUGAUCGCAGUUCAAUCACGGCGUCCCUUGUUCUUGCCGCUGACGGAUCUGGCAUAGAUCUCGACCCAAUGUACGCCAAUGCCAUUAGAGAUUUGAAAAAUUUUCAUGUCAAGGACGACUUAGUCCGCCUAUUUCCAGAAAUGACUUGGUGCUUUCAACCUGCUGAACAGGAUCCAGAAACGAUAGUUGUGUCUCGUAUGGCUGAUGCUCGAGCGGAUAGCACAUUUCCAGUCAACAAUGCUAGAGUUUCAGUGAAUGAUUGCCUUACUCCAGGACUUUCCAGCCACAUGAGUCAGCCACCGCUUAAUCUCGCGGAUUUGGAUGAUCCCACUUCCAUCUUUGGGUUUGUCGAUUUAAGAACGGUUUACCCUCCGCCAGUGCAGACUUCUCUGUUUGGAGGCUCUGACUUUAUGCUCGAGACGAGCCUCAGCAACCUCAUUCAAAACCAAGAUACGGUCAACGCCACAACUGAAGUCCGGACCCAAAACUCUUUGUAA